UGUCUCCCUAUCCAUAACUUCCCCACACUUUCCUUCACACCAAACACCUGCCCAUCAUCUUCAUCAAUCUUCUUCUCUCCUGAAACCCACAUCCAUGAGAAGCUCCUUUACCUCAAUUCCCUCGGCAUCGACUUCCUCACUCUCUUCAACUGCCACCCUCCCUCCACUCAUCCCCUCUUUCCUCCAUCAAACCCGUCGUCGACUACAUCACCACUCCACCUAUCAACUUCUCCUUACAAGACAUAUGCCACCUCGUCUCCAUGUGUCCCAACCUCCUCACUUUCUAUCUAACCUCCCACACCAUCCCGGUCAUCACUUUACUCCUCCGUGAAGUUGGCUUCAACUCCAUCUUCCACCUCAGUCACGCCUUCGUCCUCGUCUCCUCGCAUGCAGCGCCAAUACACAGCUAAGACCUGUGCUCUAGUUCCUCCUGGGAAUUGGUAUCCUCGAUAUGUAGAAACACAUUUGCCUCCUCUCUUGCAGCAUCAAAGACAAGCUCCUCCCACACAGAACCGGUCCUGAGAUUCACAUAUUCACUUAAGGCCGCAAUCGAAAAGAGAAAAAGUGGCUGGUUUUGUAUAUUUUUUUAAAGGCUAUAUUUUCCAGUGAAAUUGGUGGCCGCAAGCGGAUGCUUGCUUUGCUUUGCCUUAAGUCUAUCAUAUCGAGUACUUUCAGAAACUUGGGCUUUCUUGCCGAAGGGCCACCCCGAUGUUUACAAGAUCCACACAGCUGUUUAACUACAGCGUUGCUGAAAAUUAUGAGCCGAAAGUGAGUUACUUGGUGGGGGAGAUCGGGAGAGACAUGAGGGAGAUUCUUGAGUCUACUCAGUAUUUCUCAUUUAGUUUAGAGAACUGGAUUAAACCGAGACAUGAGGCUUGUCUGGCGAAAGAGGUGAGGUUUCCCUUGGCAGUGAUGAUGAAGACAAAGGAAGAUGGGUUUAGGGAUGCGUUGGAGAGAAUGUGGUUCUACAUUUGGCGGCAGGAGGAUGAAUAUGGUUCGUGACAAGAAACACAAAGGCAAAAAGGUAUCAAACACUUUCAUUUUUUUGAUAAACACAAGCCCUUUUCUUUAAGAAAAUGAGAAAAGACGCCCUUUCAGAGAAGAUCCAACAUAAACCGCAAAACUCAAAAAGGAGAAACAUAAAACUUGUGCUCUUAACUUAGACGUAAAAUAAUUCACACAUAAACUUAAAAAUUAUAAGAAUAAAAUAAAAGCUAAAACCGAGGAUAAACAUCUGGUACCGCUAUACGCGGUAGGCCAGUUGGUUUAAGCCCAUGCAUUAGUGUUGUUGCGCUCAUGGUCUGAAACCCAGUAAACAAGACUUAUACUAUGUCUUGGUAUAAGAAAUUAUUCAUUUUUCAAGUUUGGGGGAUUAUUUGGGCCUUCAAUCCAGACAGACACCUCCUGGUAACAUAAAAGACAAACAUUUGCGCCUCUGUCGGACUGUCAAACAAAUAUGAGCUACAAUGCUAUUUAGUAUUUAAGAAACUUUAAUAUAUAUAUUCUAUAGAUAUAGUUAUAAAAAUGAAACAUUAGAUCCCUAAAAAGAGAGGUCACGAAUAAAACGAGAAAUAAAACUUUGGCAUAACAUGCGCCAUAUUCGUCUUUUGAGAAAGUCCUAGCCUAACGAAUCUCUAGAAUAAAGAAAAAAAAAAUCUCACAAAAAAAAAAGUUAUUUCUUGUGUAUGUUCACAACAAAUCUCCAAAUAUUUAAAAUCAAAAUCUUUUAAUACAUUGACACGAUAUUUCUGGGGGGGGGGGGGGGGGGGCAUGUUUCUUGAAAUGAAUUCAUUUAUGUGAAGUAAGUAGGGGUGAAUCUGACCAAUUAAAAAUUAUGGGGGCAACAAAUAGAAACAAUACAAAAAUAUUUUUUUUUUUAAUUAUUAUUGUCGCUAACUGUAGCCUUCCCUCCACAUCUAUGCCCAACAUAAAAAGUCCCUCCUUCCCUCGUUUUCUGCUCUCUCUCUCUCUCUCUCUUCUCUCUCACUAAAACCCUCGUUUCCCUCCAACCUCCGUCCAUAAUCUCGCCGCCGGGAUCUUCCCAUCCAGCUCCGCUUCACUACGAUCAAUGUCCGGCGGCGUACGUCCUUCUCCGGGACAUUCUCAGCCGCCACCAUCGUCAUCUAACCCUGUGGUCCCACCCAUACGUCGACACUUGGCGUUCGCCUCAACGAAACCUCCCUUCCAUCCGUCUGAUUACCGUCGGUUCACCCCUUCCUACGAUAGUAGCAGCCUCUGUGGAAUCGUAGAUCGGGAGGAGGACGCCGUCGUUUUAAGAUCUCCUUCGCGGAAGAGAAAGUCGAUGAUGGAUGUGGUUACUACUACCACUACUACUUCUAAUAGUAAUGGAUUCACGAGCACUGGUUCCACUAGCAUACACAACAGUCCCUGUCUCACUCCUGUUUCAGCUAAAGGAGGCAGAGUCAACACCAAGUCAAGGGCCAAAGGGACUCAGUCACUUCCUCAAACCCCCAUCUCAAAUGCUGUUGUAGGUUCUCCUGCCACACUAACUCCUUCUGGAAGUUGCCGUUAUGACAGUUCUUUAGGUCUCCUUACGAAAAAGUUUGUCAAUCUAAUCAAGCAAGCCGAAGAUGGGAUGCUGGACCUAAACAAAGCUGCAGAAGUAUUGGAGGUGCAGAAACGACGUAUAUAUGAUAUUACAAACGUUUUGGAGGGGAUUGAUCUCAUUGAAAAGCCUUUCAAGAACCGUAUACUUUGGAAGGGAGUUGAUGCUUCGAGGCCUGGCGAUGUGGAUGCUGACGUAUCUGUCUUACAUGCAGAGAUUGAAAACCUUAACCUCGAGGAGCAAGCGCUAGAUAGCCAAAUCAGAGAAACGGAGGAAAGACUAAGAGAUCUUAGCGAAAAUGAAAAGAAUCAGAAGUGGCUUUUUGUCACUGAAGAGGACAUCAAGAGUUUACCAGGUUUCCAGAACCAAACUCUGAUAGCUGUAAAAGCUCCUCAUGGCACAACUUUGGAAGUCCCUGAUCCAGAUGAAGCGGGUGACCUCCCUCAGAGGAGAUACAGGAUCAUUCUUAGAAGUACAAUGGGACCUAUUGACGUAUACCUUGUCAGCGAAUUUGAGGACACGAAUGGGAGUGUUGCACCACCAGCAUGCUUGCCGCCCAUUGCUUCUUGCUCGGGAUCUACAGAAAACCAUGACAUCGAAGCCUUAACUCUUGAUAACACAGAAACUACCAUUGAGCAUCAGAUGUCUCAAGAUCAUGAACAUGCUCAACCGGGCGACACCUCUGAUCUUAAUUAUUUGCAGGAGCAAGUUGGAGGAAUGCUUAAGAUUACUCCCUCUGACAUCGAAAAUGAUGAUACGGACUACUGGCUUCUCUCCAAUGCUGAGAUUAGCAUGACGGAUAUUUGGAACACUGACUCUGGUAUUGAUUGGGACUAUGGAAUAGCUGACGUGAGUACUCCACCACCGGUAAUGGGUGAAGAAAUAGCCCCAGUUGCUAUUGACUCCAAACCAAGAUGAUUGCAAGAAGACCAAACACCUAUCCCAGCUUCUGAUUCCAGAUGUGUUCCUUCACAAUACUCUUGGCUCCUCAAUUCAAAUCCAAGGAGUGAGCAGAUACAGAACGUGUGAGCCAGUGGCAGGUGCGCGUUCCAUACAGUGUGCCACUAAAUUAUGAUUCAUUUAUCGCUAUAGAGUGGUCGUGUAACGAGUGACAAUGUAGAUGAACUAAUGCAAGUUUAAGAGAGAUAUACUUCAUCGGGUGCA